GAUGAGAUCGCAACGAGGAAUGACGUCGCACGCUCCGACAUUCGCGCGACUACGGUGACACGGUACAAAGACUACACGCGGUUCAUACGCAUACAGUUUCGCGUCUCGCGAUCCCGUAUCCGCUCCGACAACGGAAAUAAUCGUGAAUCCGUUCUCGCGCUGUUACAAAAAGGCGUGUUUCCCCAGGCUGUGCAACUGUGCGGUGUUCUAUCCCCGUUUCUCCAUCUUCCGCAUUCCUCGCUCCGAUUGGAGUGUCUCUCCGUGCACGAGCAUCGUGUAUCGACGACUCUUCGACGGGAUUAUUGCACGCAGCCGGAUCCGCUCAAGCGAGGGAAAGCCGGAGCAACGCCAGAAAACAUCGGCGUUGGCCGGGCGGAGAUGAGCUAGAAAGCGAAGAACGAACCCCGAGUCGUCCGCGUCAUCGACGGAUUUUCCUAAGCAUGCAGCCAACGAAACGUGGAGGAUGCACUGGUCGAUGACGUGAAUCGACCGACUUUUCGGUCGAUAACUGUUGCCGCCGGCUGAAUGGCUGGCCAGCCAUUUGGCUUCGCUUCUCGCGCAACAAUCUUUACACGGCUAUCCGUCUAGUUCCUCUAAUCAUCAUCCAAAUGUUGUUCGUGUACCGUUCAAGAGACUCGUAUCGCUAUCGGUUCGGACUUUGUGCCUCCUACAGGUCGAUUAACAUCGCUCGGUAAUACUCUUCGAGUUCAUUAGUUCACUAGUUAAAUUCUAGUUAACUAGUUGGGCUAACUGACUUGCUGAAAAGCUCUCAAGGUUAAAAGUUGAGAUCCAGGUUGAGCUGGGUUUGAAGUUGAGCUGACUAUUGUGCGAAGAUCAAACAUUCAUUAGGAAGACAGCUUCAAGCUCUAAGUUGAGCUGCUGUUUACGGAGACUCAAGUUGAUUGGUCAUUGUACGCCUAGUUGAGUCAACUGCAUCUUUGGAUAAACGAAGACACUUCAAGUUGACAGGUUGUGCACCACAUCAUUAAUCUCAUCACUGGGUGUGAGUUGAGGCAUCCUUGACAAGAAGGCUUUGACUAGUCAACAAGAUGGUGGAGAGCCUAGUCUGAACAGCUGUAUUCUGAAGACAGCAGGUGACUAGAAGUUGAGUCAGAACAAUUGUAAGAUCAUUUUGACGUCAGAGGAAGAAGCGUUGAAGUAUUGGCGAUCUCGAAGGUCGAGGUCGAAGAUCUUAUCCCCCACGGAUGAGGGGAUCCCGGAGGGGGCGUGAAGGUUGCCGUUGAUCGCCACGCGUGUGGUGCAGGUUCGGUAUCGCGAGGAUCGCGACGAUCUUCCCCACCACCGUCGGCCACAUGACUUGACGAUCGCCCCACCAUCCGCUGCUCGUCGGCGGCGACAGUGGCAGAGAAACGUGACGGCCAGCACCACGACGACGAGCAACGACGACGACGACGACGACGACGGGGACGCGGCACGUGGAUGUGCACGAAAGAAGAAGCUAAUCGGUCGGUUGAGUGGAGGUUACUUAACUAGUGACACGGCUCCCUGGUGGUUCAGUCGACAACGGUCGGUCACCAGGUGCGAGGCGCUCUUUUUUUCCUUUCUUUCUUUGUUCUCUUGUUUCUUUAUCUGUCUACCUCUCGUCACCUCGCUACGUUAUCGUCCCAUUUAAACUUGCUUUCGGAGUGUUUGAUCGCGGGUGGGUGUGCCGUGCCGUUGUUUGUUGUCGUUGUUCCUGUUAUCGUUGUUAACGCCUACGUGGCUUGUGGAUAGUGAAUAGUGAGCGGGAAACUGGAGCCGCAGCUGGGUGCUCAGAGGAAGAGCUAUCAUGUGCCCGAUGAGGAUUUUUGGACUGGCCAUCGUCGCAAUGGUGACUCUGGCUGGAUACGGGGCUGCCUAUACUAAUCAAUGGGCAGUGCAUAUCGAGGGAGGACCGGAAGUGGCGCAGCAGGUUGCUGAGGAACAUGGAUUUCAAUAUCUUGAUAAGUACCUACCAACCUGCCAGAUGUACACGUUGUUACCAUAAUCUUGCUGACUACCAAACUUCAGGUAGCAGUAACUAACUGCGAGCCUGCUUCCAUUAUCUGGUGACCAGGAGAUGUUGGUCACUGGCCUCUUCGGGAUAGUAGAUAACUGGUAUCACAUGGUGCACUCAUCUGUGGUGAAGAGGUCAGCGGAACCACACGUAGAGGUACACGAGAGGUUAAUACAAGAUCGAAGAGUACGUCGAGCAGAGCAGCAACGGGUGAAAUCACGAUCGAAACGGGACCUGAUAAUCAAACGUGGUCCGUCCAAUCUAAGAACUAUUUUGAACGACGAGAUGUGGCCUCAGAUGUGGUACUUGAAUAGGGGGAAGGGUUUGGAUAUGAACGUGCAGGAAGCCUGGGCCGAAGGAAUUACAGGACACGGAGUCGUGGUCACGAUCCUCGAUGAUGGAUUGGAGAAAAAUCAUCCGGAUCUUUAUAUGAAUUACGAUCCACAAGCCAGUUACGAUGUUAAUAAUCACGAUGAAGAUCCCAUGCCGAGGUACGACGUGUUGGACAGUAAUCGACAUGGCACCAGGUGUGCAGGCGAAGUGGCUGCAACUGCUAACAAUUCCAUUUGCGCUGUGGGGGUCGCAUUUGGCGCCGGUGUUGGUGGAGUGAGAAUGUUGGAUGGCGAUGUAACAGAUGCUGUUGAGGCGAGAUCGUUGAGUCUCAAUCCGCAGCACAUCGAUAUUUAUAGUGCCUCCUGGGGACCAGAUGAUGAUGGGAAAACCGUCGAUGGUCCUGGUGAACUUGCAACUAGAGCAUUCAUCGAAGGAAUCACAAAGGGACGAAACGGUAAAGGAUCAAUCUUCGUGUGGGCGUCCGGCAACGGCGGCAGGGAUCACGACAACUGCAACUGCGACGGUUACACGAACAGCAUCUGGACGUUGUCGAUCAGCAGCGCCACAGAAAAUGGCCAGGUUCCAUGGUACAGCGAGGCAUGUUCCUCCACGCUGGCCACCACCUACAGUUCUGGUUCCACCGGAGAAAAACAAGUGGUGACCACCGAUUUACAUCGUCUUUGCACCAGCAGCCACACGGGUACCUCCGCCUCGGCGCCCUUGGCCGCCGGUAUCUGUGCCCUUGCCCUCGAAGCGAACAAAGAACUCACUUGGAGAGAUAUGCAGCAUAUUGUGGUGCGAACGGCGAAACCUGCCAACUUGAAGGCUCUUGAUUGGGUCACCAACGGUGUUGGGAGAAAUGUGAGUCACAGUUUCGGCUAUGGUUUGAUGGAUGCAGCUGCCAUGGUUCGUUUGGCCAGAAAAUGGCGAACGGUGCCAGAACAACACAAAUGUGAAGUGUCAGCACCACAUAUGGGCAGGCCAAUACCACCAAAGAGCCAGUUAACUCUGGAAUUACACGUCAAGGAGUGUAGCGGUGUUAAUUUUCUCGAGCACGUGCAGGCAAAGGUAUCCCUGAUGGCCUCUCGAAGAGGGGAUCUUCAGAUCCAGCUAACAUCUCCGCAAGGCACGAAGAGCGUCCUCCUCGCAAAAAGGCCACACGACGUCUCGAAGGCUGGUUUCAAUCAAUGGCCAUUUAUGUCGGUUCACACUUGGGGAGAAAGGCCACACGGCACGUGGAAGCUUGAAAUCCACAAUGAGGGUCGAUACCAAGACACCCUGGCGGAGUUCAAGCUAGUGUUCUACGGGACGGAGACGUCGCUGGAGGUGGACGAGGAGCUGGACAAGGACAAACCACUGCCUCCGGUGAACCAACAAGACGCGAGCCAGGACAACACCGCGAUGGGCGCCCGCCACAACAUCAUGGACCCCGAGAGCGACCCGUGGACCGGCAGCCAGCAAGUGGAGCGAGUGUCGCACCCUGAGGUCCAGAGACCCACGACGGAGAACCAGACGAGCGGCUGCGGCUCCGUCGACUCUGCAAGUGGCAGGUGCCUAGAAUGCAAGCUGAAUUGGUACCAUCACAACGACGUUUGCGUGUACCAGUGUCCACCAGGGACUUACGGAAUUUCCGACGAGACAAAAUCGGUCUGUUCCGGCUGUCACUAUACCUGCCAAACCUGUUCGGGUCCUUCUAACACCGAGUGCACCAGUUGCCACGAAGACGCCGAUUUCAUCGCGAACGAAUCGCAAUGUGUCCUGUCAGAACUUUCUUGGAUGAUGCAGUCCACGCUCUGGUUCUACUGGAUGACCAUUUUGUUCGUGAUCAAUCUGAUUUGUUUCGCGAUUCUCGCGAUUUAUAAGGCAGUCAAGUGGUAUCUGCGAAAGAGGAGCUCCAUGAAAUUUCGAUACAGCAAGGUCGCUUACUCCGGGAACGGAGACGCGAGCAAGGAUAUCGACAGGCUGCAAGAAAAUGGGACUCUCUCCGAUAGCGAGUGAAAAGGCGUUGAACACGAUUUAUGUCGGCUGUGCGGUGGGAAUUUGGGAGAGACGAGUCGGUGCUGGGACAAUUUUGAAUAAAUUAGGUUGAAGGUUUGAGAAAUAGGGCAAUUUGAAGCAGUGUUUGUUGUUUAAUAGAUUGUUGAGAUUUCAAGAAUUUGGGAUUUUAAGUUUU